AUGGAGCGCGUCUACCUCAUCACCCACCCCCGCUCCGCCUCGAACCUCCUUGUCCAGAUUUUGGGCCUGGAAGACCAGCCAAAGGUGAAGGCCCGUCCACACGCUGGCUACUACUUCCUAGAUACCCUCUACCUCCUCCUCGACAAGGGUCUUCGAUCUAAGCAUGUCGACGAAUGGACUGAUGAAGAGAGAGUCGAGUCCAGAGCCGCUUUUCAAAAGGGGUUCGAUGAUAUGAUGAAAGAUGUCAACGAAUCCAAGGCUGCGGGCAGAAUUUCUGUUGUUAAGGAGCACGCGAAUCUUCUACUUGACCCAGGCACCCAAACCAAAUUUUUGCACAAGACCGAUGAUAUUAAAACGGAACCGAUGAGCAUCGACGUUCCCCAAGGAUCCAAGGCUGUCCGUACUCCAGGAAACCACACCAUCUUCUCCGAUGAGUUCCUCCUCACCUGGAAACCAGUCUUCCUCAUCCGUCACCCAGCUCUCAUGUUCCCAUCAUUCUACCGAUGCAUGGAUGACUUCAGAAAGAUGUCAAAGGAAGAUAUCAAUACUGCUGGCUCGCUUGAGGUCAACAAGCCUGACUUGCCAAUCUACAUGAGUCUCCACAACAUCCGUUCCAUGUAUGACUGGUACAGCGAGCAGCUUAACAAGGCCGAAUCAUCCUCUGCUACCCAGACCUGGCCCAUUGUCGUUGAUGCUGACGAUGUCAUGGCCGACGAGACCGUGGUUACCAAGUUGGCUGACAUUAUCGGGCUGGACCGUGCUAGCCUCAAGUUCACCUGGAAGCCAGUCAGCGAAGAGGACAAGGCAAAGAAGUACAACCCCAUGGAGCAGCGCAUGUUGUCCUCUCUCAACGCCUCCAACGGUAUCAUGAAGGAUAAGCUUGCCGCUAACAUCGACAUCGAAGCCGAAGUUCCCAAGUGGAAGGCCGAGUUCGGUGAAAUCGAUGGAGCCAAGAUGUACAAAUGGGUCACCGAUGCCAUGCCAGACUACGAGUUCUUGAAGGCCCGCCGACUUACCGCAUAG